GGGUAGAAGACCUUUCGACUUUUAAUUCAACCAUGGAAGGGAGUGCAUGUGUAUAAAUACGUUGCAUGUGUAUUAUAGACUAUAUUCAGUGCAAUGAAUAGAGAAGUGCGAUGUCCAUUUCCCUACGACCCUACAACUGAAAAAAUCGCGGUUUGUCCGUAUGACAAGUCGCAUAUUAUGUUGGCGCAUCGCUUAGGGCGUCACAUAUUCAAAUCACACAAAGAGUACCGGGGGUUAGAAUUCCCGGUACGACAUGAAACGACAAGGGAACAUCACCAGCAGCAGGAGCAACCCGGUGGAUCAAAAGAAACAAAGGAGCAGCAGGAGUACCCGGGUGGGUGGUCGACGGAGUGGGACGGCGAGGAGUGCACUUCGUAUUUAGAUUUCCUCCGGGAACGGGGAAGAAGAACAACGCAAGGAACAGGAACAAUGGGAUGGUCGACUGAAUCGACAUAA